UACCUCAAGGGUGUACGAGCAACAAUUAAUAAAGCAAUGAAGCUAGCAGUCAUUUUCUUACUACUGUUUGUGGGAAAUGGGUUCACGGCAGUAAUCCAGUCACAGGAACCCAAUCUCCAAGAUCUUGUCGAAGACAUACACGACAAGAUCUUUGCGUUCGAUCAUCGUACAUAUCUGGAUGCCAUAUCCAGGUCCGAGGGCGCUCAGGAAUUCAAAGCCAUGGAAAAGCUUAAGAAAACUUUGAAGCAGGAGAGAUUCGCGGAUACUGUUGCUUUGUUAACAAUGGAGAACAGUAGCGGUGAAAUUUCUUUUCAUGUCGCUUCUAAUAUAAAGAAAGUAAAAGAUCCCACACUUAAGAGCAUCCUUAAAGAAAAUAACUUGGAAUUUGGAAUUCGACAAGAGCAUCGCCAUAUUAUUGUUGAUACUAUUCAGAAGUGGUCAGCACAAUCUGGGCGGCAGGGAUUAAACAAAAUAUAUCUUGUGGAAUCUGAUUUCGAGCCGGAAACGAUGACAGCCAUGCGAGCACCACAUGCCGAAAUGACACUGUUGAAACACUCCUUGAACAUGUUCUUACGCGGUGAGGGAAAGCCGACGAAAAUUGCCACGUCAAAAACACCUUGCGAACCUUGUAGGGAUACUAUGAGAGAAGUUAAUGAAGUCUUGGGAACACUUGACUUCGAAGAUUGGGACAAUGAAUCCGCCAAGAAAGGUCUCGCUGUGGAAAAAGUCAAAAACUGGCUUCUUCCGCGACAUAUUAAAGUUAAAUCAGAACCACUAACUGAAAACGCUCCACGGCUAAGCCAGGAAAACAUUAAAGAUGACAAAUUUUUUACAACCACUGUCUGCGACAGGGGUAGACUAAAUGGGCAUGCUAAAGGAACUCCCGAGUAUAAAGCGGCGAAAAGAAUGUUGAAGCGAUGUCAAUCCGCCGGAGGAAAUAAGGCUUCCAGAAGAUUGGUGCAUCGUGGGCGAGUUCAGCGAAAGAAGCUUAAUUUAAAAUACAAAGGUGUUCACAGUGUUGCCGAUUUACGAAGGAAAUUUAAUUCAAAGUGGUUAAUCCGAGAGAGGAUUACGAAAGGAAAAUUUGUGUAA